AUGACCAGGUGCGAAGCGGUAACCCUGAUCAACAGGAACCACACCAUGGAAUGGUUCCGAUCCCUUUCUCCAGAAGAACAGAAUGAAUGUUUGGAUGGGAUUAGAAAGGAGACGGGUGAAACUUUGAAAUCAGCUGGUCAAAAGCGGAAUGAUUUGGCUAAAAGGUGCUUAGAGUACCAUCGAGAAAAGUGCCAGAACGCUUCAAAAAAAAUGGCCAAGGAGUCGCUCAGUAAGCGUCAACGGACGGAGACUCUUUUCAAACAUGGCUUCUGGCAACAGAAGUCUGAAAUGGAAUCCUCCUUGUCGUCUUAUAAGAGUGAAAGGGAAAAAUGGGAAGCUCUGUCUGCACAACUUCGUUUCAGGCAACGUGUUCUCCUGCAGAAGCACGCCGACAAGAAGUUCUACGUUCUCACUGCUGGCGGCAAGAAGAUCAGCUUGGCGGAAAUGAAGCUCAAGCUUCUUUCUCUCUUCGAGAACGAUCAGAAAGGUGAUAAUCUUGUGGUUUUAGCAUACGAGCAUGCCGGGAAGUCCAUCGAACACACGUUCUUUGACGAGGAGGGAAAGAAGAACUCCUGGAAAGGCCGCGUCGUUGAAGUGCAAGUUCGAAAUGGAGGCGAAAAGGCUGUAUUGGUGCUGUACGAAAACGAAAAAAGCACUACAGCGCUAACUCUGGCCGAGUUUGAGCAAGCGAUAGAAGACGGUCUGGUUGUUUUCUUGUGA